GUGCCAGUCGCUUGGUGGGAGGCUUCGAGAUUCUGAAAAUCGACCGCACGAUAAGCCGCUGCCCUCUUUGCGACCGAACGGAGUAGUUCAUGACCAAUUGAGCCAGCAUCAUGGAGCUCCGUUCAGCACUCCAGUCCGUCUGCCGCACGACGGCAGCGGCCGCCUCCGCCAGCGCCCGGUCCAGCCUCGCCGGUCGCCAUGCCUUCUCUACCAGCGCCCGCGUCCAACUGCAGCCACCGCCCAACCCCUAUGUCUCGGGCAAAUCGCGCAUCGAGACUCUCCGAGCGGCUCUCUCGAACCGGAAGCCCGCCGCCGGCGCCGCCGCUGGUGGUAGCCCUGGCGCUACCUCUUCAUCCUCUGCUCUCCCUCCCCGUCCUCCCACUGCCAACGACAGCCCUUGGUCGAUUGUCGAUGCCAUCAACAAGGAUAGCAGUAGCAGCACUUCCUCCUCCUCCUCCACCUCCUCCUCCGGCGCCCUCUACUCCUCCUCCAAGCCCUCGCCCAUGCAGACCUGGAACGAAACCGAUUUCGAGACCCGGCACAUGGCUCCCCAGCAGGAGCUCAACAUUCGUCUCCGCCCAUCAACCGGCAGGACGUUCUACGUGUCCGGACAUCAAGAUUUUGCGGGCGCGCUGAAACAGCUGCACAGGACGGUUGCGGCGAAUAAGGUGAAGAAGGACGUGCGGUUGCAGAGGUUCCACGAGCGUCCGGCGCUCAAGAGGAAGAGGAACCUGAGAGAGAGGUGGAGGGCUCGCUUCAAGGAGGGCUUCAAGGCCGCGGUCAACAGGACCUUUGAGUUGAAGAACCAGGGGUGGUAAACGAAGCCCUGGGGGGGAACAGAGGGUGGAAGAUUGGGAGAGAUUUCGCGAUUUGAGCGGGGCUGUAACGGAUGGAGAUGCGACGACGACGAUGACGACGACGACCAAAUCAAACCUAGACUGGAUGGGGGGGGAAACAAAACUAGAGGUCGGUCGCAUCGAUGUAUCAUCACCAAGCCAAAAUCUGUUGAGACCCGAAAAGGAACCCCGCGAAGAGAAAAAUUUGUACAGUAUCCAGUCGCGGAUUCCUGCGAUUAAUGAAUGAAAGCCUUAAAAAAACAAGCUAACCAGUU